CAUCUUUCUUCGUCAGUCUCUCAUGUCUACCCUCCUACCUCUACUGCUACUCACUGCCGGACUACUAGUCUCACCGGUCCUUUCCCAAUCACUCUCCUUGACAUCUAACUCUGGCGUUUGCGAAACGACAGAUGGUGUGUCCCAGGUGUCGGGAUACAUAAACAUAUCCGACGAUACCGACGACGCAUUCUGGUUCUGGUUCUUUGAAGCUCGAGACGAUCCAGACACCAAACCUUUGACCCUAUGGCUAAACGGUGGGCCAGGAUGUUCAGCUAUGAUUGGACUAUUCCAAGAAAACGGUCCAUGCACAGUCAACGAUAAAGCGGAGACCGUUUAUAAUCCUUAUAGCUGGAAUAACUUCAGCAACAUGAUCUAUAUUGACCAACCUUUUGGAGCCGGAUUUUCCAGAGGAUCCACUUUGGUUAAUUCGACAGAUGAAGCAGCGGACUUCAUGUGGCAAGCGUUCCAGAUCUUAUUUGAUCAUAACAAAUUCAGCAAGUUCAAGGGCAGAGAAUUUAUCAUUGCAACAGAGUCCUAUGGUGCUCGCUUUGGGCCGGUCUUCACACAAUACUUCCAUUCACAAAAUGCCAAAAUUGAGAGCGGCGAGAUCAAUGGGACUCAAAUAGAAGUUUCAAAAUUGCUCAUCAAUAAUGGUAAACACGAUCCUGUGAUCCAGAUGCGAGCAUCAGUCGAUUAUGCAAGGCAUGCUCCGUCCUAUGGCCGCCUCGUCAAUACCUCCGUCAUAAUGGAUGUGACAACGGCCUACAAUGAAACAUGUCUACCCGCUCUACAAGAUUGUUAUGAUGAUGGCGAUGAUGACACUUGUCAUGAUGCUAUUGUUUCCUGCACUCACGACGUAUUCAAUCCCACGGUUGGAGACAGAGAUCCUAAUGAUUUGCGACAAAAUUCCUCGACCCCUGCAGACGAAGUCGUUCCCUCUACAUUCUACCUCGAUUAUCUUGACGACGACAACGUACUCGAUAUGAUCGGCGCUCAAGGGGCGUACGAUCAAUGCGAUGAUAGUGUCAAGUCCCGCUUUUCUCGCAGUGGAGAAACAGGGCGUUCUUUCCUGUCUAAUCUAGCGGAAAUUGCAAGCGAGAGAAAGGUCAAGCUUCUGAUCUGGGCUGGAGACGCAGAUAUGAAAGCUAACUGGCUGGGUGUUCACGAGUGCAUUGCUUCGAUGGAUUGGCCUGGUCGUUCUGCAUUCAAUGAGACAUCGCUGUCGGCAUUGACUAUCAAUGGCCAGACUGUCGGUCAAUAUAAAACUGUUGCCGACACCAAUUUAACAUUCGUCCGAGUCUAUGAAGCUGGGCAUUCCAUGCCAGCAUAUCAACCUGAGGUUGCACAGACUGUCUUUGCCAGAUUUUUGAAGGGAGACGUCAACGCUGAGGCCUGAGGACUAGAUAAGAUGAACAUGAUGGUGCUUUCUCCCUCUUGGACCAUUUGCAUUAUCUAUAGCAAUUACUUAAGCUACCCAACGAACUCUGUAU